CCGUCGUCGCGGAAGGAUAUCUUCGCACUGAAAUGUGACGCUCCGGGAUGCAGAACAGGGAAAACCCUGGGGGUGUAGGAAUACACGGGAGCGACGCGCUUCGCCUUUAGCAGGUGCACAGCAGGGUAGACACAUUAUUAAUGAGAAGCGGCGAGCGGUACAGUGUGACGUGGUGUUCUCCAUAUUCGACGACGGAACGGAUUUUAACACGGAACCCGUAUGCCCGUCUUUCCACCAGGAAAAAAUGUCACGACUGACAGUCACCUGAUGCGUCUUCUCUGGAUGAUCCUUUCUCUCUCUCGGUGACCUCAGUUAAUCAGCACAAUGUCUGGUACUUACACGCCGGCACCAGGCGGUUCUUUUUCUGCUCUUACCCCAAGCAUGUGGCCACAAGACAUUUUGGCCAAAUACCAUCAAAAAGAUCCUGCAGAACAGCCUGAACAGCAAUAUGAUGAGUUUGGCUUCAGAAUAGAUAUUCAAGAUGAUGGGGAACCCAAGAUAAGGUUGGGCACCGAGGGCUCCCCCCAGCGUGAAGACCCCCAGCAGCGGCUCCGCUGGCAGGCCCAUUUGGAGUUCACCCACAACCACACCGUGGGGGACCUAACCUGGGAUCUCAUCGAUCCUGUCCUCGCACGGUCCGAGCGUCUGCGUUCCUUGGUCCUAGGGGGUAUACCUCACAGCAUGAGGCCACAGUUAUGGAUGCGUCUGUCUGGAGCACUGCAAAAGAAGAGGACCUCAGAGAUUUCUUACAAGGAAAUCGUCAAGAACAGCUCUAAUGAUGACACCAGCACAGCUAAACAAAUAGAAAAGGACCUGUUACGGACUAUGCCAACCAAUGCAUGCUUCAAUACUUUAAACAGUGUUGGAGUCCCAAGACUGAGGCGGGUACUGAGAGGCCUGGCAUGGCUCUACCCAGAUAUUGGGUACUGCCAGGGCACUGGCAUGGUUGUUUCCUGCCUGCUGCUCUUUCUUGAUGAGGAAGACGCGCUGUGGAUGAUGUGCGCUUUGAUUGAAGACCUCCUUCCUCCAGCCUACUUCUCCUCCACACUGCUGGGGGUCCAAACAGAUCAGAGGGUUCUACGGCAGCUCAUCGUUCAGUACCUGCCUGCUCUGGACCGCCUGCUCCAAGAGCAUGACAUAGAGAUGUCGCUGAUCACGUUGCACUGGUUCCUGACGUCUUUUGCCAGUGUGGUGGACAUCCGUCUGCUAUUAAGGAUCUGGGAUCUGCUCUUUUAUCAGGGCUCAGUGGUGCUCUUCCAGGUCACACUGGGUAUGCUCAAAAUUAAGGAGGAGGAGCUUAUAUCAUCAGAGAACUCGGCAUCCAUUUUUAACACGCUGUCAGACUUACCAAGUCAGUUAAAAGAUGGGCCUGCAGUUCUUGGAGAGGCUAUGAGGAUAGCAGGGACGCUAUCCCAGGAAACCUUGGAGGCUCAUCGUCACAAGCACCUUGCCUAUAUUCUUAAUGAACAGGCACAGCUCAACAAUGGAAACCAUUCAGCACUCAAUACCAACCUCAACAAGGUGGUGAGGAGACAGUCCCUGCGAAGGAAAUCCACUCUGACCUCUCUGCUGUUCGGGGAGGAUGAGGCUGAAGCGCUGAAGUCCAAAAAUAUUAAGCAGACAGAGUUGGUGGCUGCUCUAAGGGAGGCUAUCGCUCGUACUGCAGAGCACUUCCACUGUCUAGACCCACGGCAUUCCAGCACUGACCUGACCCCAGAUUACUCCAUGGAGAGCCAUCAGAGGGAUCAUGAAACCUUCCUCGUGGUGUCUCGUAACAGACGGAGACGGGCAAAGGCUUUGCUGGACUUCGAACGUCACGACGAUGAUGAGUUGGGUUUCAGAAAGAAUGACAUCAUCACUAUCAUCUCACAAAAAGAUGAGCACUGUUGGGUUGGUGAGCUCAAUGGCCUUAGAGGUUGGUUCCCAGCCAAGUUUGUGGAGAUUCUGGAUGAAAGGAGUAAGGAGUACUCAUUAGCAGGUGAUGACUCAGUGACGGAGGCAGUGACUGAUCUGGUGAGAGGAACUCUAUGUCCCGCUCUGAAGGCCAUCUUUCAGCAUGGAUUAAAAAAGACCUCUAUACUUGGAGGGCCCUGUCAUCCGUGGUUAUUUAUAGAGGAGGCAGCUAGUAGGGAGGUGGAGAGAGAUUUCAAUUCUGUCUACUCCAGACUUGUGCUUUGUAAAACAUACAGGUUGGAUGAAGAUGGAAAAGUGCUAACGCCAGAGGAGUUGCUGUACAGAGCAGUGCAGUCUGUAAACAUGAGCCAUGACGCUGUACAUGCUCAGAUGGAUGUCAAGUUCAGGUCUCUUGUCUGUGUUGGCCUGAAUGAGCAGGUGCUUCAUCUGUGGUUGGAGGUGUUGUGCUCCAGCAUGGCUGCAGUUGAAAAGUGGUAUCAUCCAUGGUCAUUCCUUCGCAGUCCCGGCUGGGUGCAGAUCAAGUGUGAGCUCAGGGUCCUGUCAAAAUUUGCCUUCAGUCUCUCUCAAGACAGUGAGCUGCCUGACAAGAAAGUGGAGAAGGAGCAGAAACCACUGAAAGAAGGCGUGCAGGACAUGCUGGUGAAACAUCACCUCUUCAGCUGGGACAUCGAUGGCUGAAAACAGCAGAACUUUACCCCGUGUGCUGCAUCUUGAUAUCACGCUGGUGUAGAUUCAGUCAUCCAGGACAUGACAAUCCUAAGUGCUUCAGUAUAGAGCAGCUGGAUAUCUGUUGUCUGGAAGGCCCUUUACCUCUCAUCCAAAAAGGCCUCUUCACUUCUGAACAUGGUUGGACUGCCCACCAUCUGCAGAACUGAAGAAGUCUUUUUGGUGAGAAGUGAAAUGUCAUUAAAGAACCUAAAGAAGUCCAGAUGUUUUUUUUUCUUAAGUACUGAUGAUUGCAUGUUGGUGUAUCUGAUAUCUUUUCAGCUGCUGAUUACAAUUCCUACCUUGGUUACUUUGUUAAAACGGCGUAGCAACUUCAGACAUUUUCUGUCCCCGUGAGUCAUGGGCACUAACCGCACCAAAGUUAUGACUGAAACCCAGUAAUCAACUGCUUUGUACAGAGACUACAUUUUGGUGCAUACUUUAAUUUAAUUUUUUUUAAGUUUGUGUCCUGCAUUUGAGGUUUUGCUACAAGGUUUAAAAUAAAUUUGCAAGACAAACAUCCCUGCUGUACAGAAUAAUCUGUACAGGUAGGCCAGGCCCUAUUAUGCCAUCAACACUACUUUGUGCAUGAAUUAUUACACAUUAGAUAUUGACCAUCUUAAGAUGUUUUCAACAUAUCCUGUUCUUCAUCAUGCUGUAAACUCCUACAUUUUAGGACCAACAAAGAACAUUCCUAAUCAUAAAGCUGUAAAAGUAGAAA